AUGGCCCAAGGAAGCCUGUCGAACAAACGAGUGCGCCUGUCCCUCGCAAAUGGCGGCCGUGAGGAAGAAACGCCUGACCGAGAGAACGCCGCGGUUUCUAGCUCUGAAGAUGAAUCCGAGGACGAAGCUGACUACGACGACGCACCCCCGCAGACCCAGUACGAAAUCAUGCGAGAUGCUGGGUUCAAGCAUUUAGAGAACCUUGAGCUUGACGACGAACGAGCAACGCAAAAGCUUUUACGACGACCACGCAGCUUAGGUGACAACAUGGUCGCGGAGAGCGGCAUUAUCGAGAGCAUUACAUGUUACAACUUCAUGUGCCACGAGCGGCUUCACGUUGAGCUUGGCCCUCUGAUCAACUUCAUUGUCGGAGAGAACGGAAGCGGAAAAAGUGCUGUUUUAACAGCACUAACCCUGUGUCUUGGAGGAAAGGCCAGUGACACUAAUCGUGGUGGCAGCUUAAAGUCCUUUGUUAAAGAGGGCCAAGACCAAGGCAAGCUUGUCGUGCAAAUAAAAAAUUCUGGAUCUGAUGCAUACCAACCCGAUAUAUACGGUGACAGCAUCAUCGUGGAAAGAAAUUUCUCCAAGACUGGCAGUAGCGGGUUCAAAAUCAGGGCUGCCGACAACAGAGUCAUAUCAACAAAAAAACAAGAAGUUGACGAGAUAUCCGAAUGGUUCGCCCUUCAAAUGAGCAACCCUCUGACCAUACUUUCUCAAGACAAUGCCCGGCAAUUCCUGAACUCGGCCACCCCGGCACAAAAGUACAAGUAUUUUGUCUCUGGGGUGCAGCUCGAGCAGCUCGAUAACGACUACAGGAUGUCGCAGGACACCUUGGACAAGACUUUGAACCUGCGUGAUGAUAUUACAGAAAAGAUUGCAUCUGUGAAGAAGGAGAUGGAAAAUGCUCUUCGCCUUGCGGAAACUGCGCAAAAGAAUCAGUCUCUUCGCGAAAAGGCGAGACAUUACAGAUGCCAGCUUGUUUGGUAUCAGGUUGUGGAACAGGAGAAUGCUCUCGAACAACUCAAUGCAAACAUUGUCACCAGAACCACUCGCAUUGCGGAUGCGGAGAAGGAGUGCGAAAAUAUGGGCAGAGCCCUUCAAGAGGCUGAACAGCAGCUGCAACGACUCCAGUCGGCAAGAGAGGAAUUGAAUACCGAACAGGAUGCUAUGCAAGACAAGGUCAUCUCGUCGGAAGCCAUAUUCAGCGCGGCAAAAAAGGGACUUACCGAGCUACAUCUCGAAGAACGCGACGCCCACGGUCGCUUAAAAUCUAUUCGUGGAGAAAUUCAUUCCUUUGGCAAAAAAAUCGAGGAGGAGGAAAAACGGCUCGGCGAAUCCACUGGAGCUGCGAGGGCCGAGAAAGAUGCACAACUUGAUGAAGCCAAGGUCAAGGAGAGAGACAUCAAUCGGAACAUAAGUGAUGCAGGUGAACAACUGCCUGAAAGACAGAACAAAGUGCGCGAUGCGGAGGAGGUUUUAAAACGCCAGCAGCAAUUACGAGAAACGAAACGAAACGAGAUCGCCAUGGCUGAGAGGGGUCUGUCUGACCUGGAGAAAAGCACCGGGUCUGCAUACGCUGGCUUUGAUAGGGAAAUAGCCAACCUUGUCAAAUCCAUCGCAGGUCAUCAAGGAUUUGAAAAGAAGCCUGUUGGGCCGAUCGGAGCGCACGUCAAGCUCCUUAAGCCAGAAUGGUCUGGCAUCCUAGAGAAGACCUUCGGCGAAUCGCUCAAUGCUUUCGUUGUGCGCAGCAAGGAGGAUCAGUCUAAGUUAUCCGACAUGAUGCAGAGGAGCGGGAUGAAACGUCAGCCGCCCAUCUUCAUCGCGUACGGAGGACACAUCGACACGAGGAGCCAGGAACCUGCUGUGGAAUUCGACACUAUACUCCGAGUGUUGGAGUUUGAUGACGACAUAUUUCGCACGCAAUUGAUCAUCAACAGCCAAAUCGAAAAGAUUAUCUUGGUUCAAAGCAGAGCGCAGGCUGAAAAAAUCAUGGUAGACGGAGGCGGCCCACCUCGAAACGUUUCGGCGUGCUUGUGCUUCCAUGACGGCAAAAACAAGCGCGGGCACGGCCUCAGACUGACGAACCGAAAUGGGAAUAUUGGAACCGCGCCAGUCGUUCCAUCUGGAAUGCGACCCAGGAUGCAGUCAGACUCUGGGCGACAGUUAGCAGUCCAGAAGGAGAACCUGAAGCAAUUGGAAAUUGAACUGAGGGAGCUGGAUUCUGAAGAACGCCUGGCCCAACAAGCGCUUCACAAGGCCAAAGCGGAGUUGGAAUUGCAUCGCAGGAAGCAGAAACAGCUGGAGAACGAAUUGCGCCGUGCUCAGGCCGACGUGGAACAGAUUUCGACGGAAAUGGAUGCUUUCGAAGGUGCCGACGACCGUCUUGUCACUCUCCGCGCUGAUUUGGAGCUCAAGCACAAGGAGGAAGAGCAACUUGGUAGCCAAUACGGCAAUAUGAAACUGGUCAAGGUUGACUUGAAUAAGAAGGCGGAAGCCGCCAAGAAAGACUUGGAGGAAGUCCGUCGCGAGGCGGAAACUUUCUCGGAGCGGGUUCAAAAGGCCGAUAUGAAAAUUCAAAGCACGGAAUCUAUGAGACGAAUUGCUGUCGCGAGAAAGAAUGCCGCUUACGAGCAGGCUGACAUUGAAAGAGCGGAGCGCCGACGCGCCGAGACUCGACGAGAUCAGAAGGCGGACGAAGUCGCUGAUUUCACAAGCCAAGCUCUUGUGGUUGCACCAGACAGGGUACAUAUCCCCGAAGGCGAUACCUACCAGAGCAUUGAGAAGAAGUACCAGAAAAUUGGCGAUCAACUGACUCUACGAGAGCAACGCCUCGGAGCUACCGAUCAACAAAUCUACGACAGAGCAACCGAAGCCAAGACACGCUAUGAGACUGUCGUGGAGGAGACGGAUAGUUUGGACCGCAUGAUUGAUUCCUUGAAGGGAGCCAUUACACAGCGACUUUUCCUGUGGCGACAAUUCCAGAGGCAAAUCAGCGCUCGCAUCCGCAUUCAGUUCAAUUAUCUCCUCAGUGAGCGAGGCUUCCGUGGCAAGAUUGACCUCCGCCACAAAGAGCGCAAGGUUGUCCUUCAUAUCGAGCCGGAUGAGACGAGAAAGAACUCGGGCGGACGAGAUACAAAGACCCUUUCGGGAGGAGAAAAGUCGUUUUCUUCCAUCUGCAUGCUACUCUCUGUGUGGGAAGCGAUUGGGUCUCCAAUUCGCUGCCUAGAUGAGUUUGACGUCUUCAUGGACAAUGUCAAUCGAGCCAUCAGUACCAACAUGCUGGUUGAUGCUGCCCGUCGCUCCGUAUCGCGGCAGUAUAUUCUCAUUACACCUAAUGCCAUCGAGGGGCGUGCCAGGCUCGACAAGGACGUCAAGAUCAUCAGAUUGACGGAUCCCCGGCAACGGACUCUUAUUUAA